GGUGUGCGCGUUAGGAUCGUGAUUAUGGCUGCCGAUUCAGAUGUACUCCAUUUCCAGUUUGAGCAGCAAGGGGAUGCCGUGCUGCAGAAGAUGAACCUACUGAGGCAGCAAAACCUCUUCUGCGAUGUGUCAAUAUACAUCAACGACACAGAGUUCCACGGGCACAAAGUGAUCUUUGCUGCCUGCUCCACCUUCAUGCGGGACCAGUUCCUGCUCACUCAGUCCCAGCAGGUUCGGAUUACUAUUUUGCAGAGCGCCGAAGUAGGCCGGAAGCUGCUGCUUUCAUGCUACACCGGUGCUCUGGAGGUGAAGAAGAAGGAGCUUUUGAAAUACCUCACGGCGGCGAGUUAUCUGCAGAUGGUGCAUAUUGUGGAGAAGUGUACAGAGGCCCUUUCCAGAUACCUUGAAAUUGAUGCUUCUGUGGAAGGCAACGGAAGGUGUGCUGAGAAAUGCCACUCGUCUGACAUGGAGCUAGGAAGCAAAGAGAGCUGCCUUGAUAAAGACUGUGAAGUCAUAGAGAUUUCUGCAGACAGCCCGGUUAGCAUAGACGAGCAUAUAAAGCAGGAGAAAGGGGAAAUUCAGCAGCCAUCCCUGCAGAGUUUAAUGUCAGAAAGGAAGGACGUCAAAAGCCCUGAGAUAUCAACUGUAGAGAUUGGCUACAAGGAUGAUGAAAUCUGCCUUUUCCGAAUGGAUUCCAUUAAUGUCCCCAGUGUGGAGGAUGAGCAGUUUUUACAGCCUUGCACCUCUUCAAAAACCAGCUUGUAUUUCCCCGAAACUCAGCACUCCUUGAUCAACUCUACCGUGGAGAGCAGGAGGACGGAGGUAGCUCAGUUCCAGAGCUUUGGCAGUGAGAAUCCAGAAGGAGCUGCGCACACAGGGGGCGACUUCCCAAACUCUGAGGACGCCGGCUAUUCGUGGCGGCAUCAGUGCCCCAAAUGUCCCAGAGGGUUCCUCCACUUGGAAAAUUAUCUCCGCCACCUGAAGAUGCACAAACUGUUCUUGUGCUUGCAGUGUGGGAAAACCUUUACUCAGAAGAAGAACCUGAACCGGCAUAUUCGCGGUCACAUGGGCAUCCGUCCGUUCCAGUGCAUGGUGUGUCUGAAGACGUUCACAGCCAAGAGCACCCUUCAGGACCACCUGAACAUCCACAGUGGGGACCGGCCUUAUAAGUGCCACUGUUGCGACAUGGACUUCAAGCACAAGUCCGCCCUCAAAAAGCACCUGACUUCGGUGCACGGAAGGGCCAGUAUGGACAAAUCUGGCUUGGAUGCCAUUACGGAAGUCAGGAUAGACUAUGACUAGAUGUAGUUUGAGAAGGGGAAUGGAAAAGGUCUGGCUUGUUACAAAGCACCAAGACCGCCCCCCACCACAGUCCCCACUUUUAGACUCCGGUCCUGCAUGUAAAUACCCCCUGAUAUAUCUAUUGAUGUUCCUGUAGGCUUUUGCAGAAGCUGCCCUUCUUCCCGUGAUAUUCAAGCAGCCAAGAAAUCUUGAACAAAAGUGGCGCUUAAUUGUUGUUAUUUACAUAUUUAUACAAUAUAUAAAGUAGGGAGAUAACGUCUUGACAGCUUUCUUUUUUUUGCACCACACUUUGAACAAUAGCUAUUGUUUACAUUUUGGCUUUGGAGGCCUUAAUCUGAGCAUCUGUUUUUUGAUGAAGGCAAUUCAGUCUUGCAACUUUCUCUUGUUCAAAAUGAACUGCACGGCGGCCGAAGGGGCUACGGACAACCAAGGCAGCAUCUUUAUUUGUUUCUCUUAACGAAGGUCAGACUUACCAUAAAAAAAACUUUGUGCCUGGGCUCAUCUCUUUUGGCAAGCCUUGCUCAAGAGGACCAAACACAGAUCCGCUUUCACUUCAGUCUAAAAUUAAGUCUUGUGUAAUUUAUUUACCAAAUUAGCCAGGUUCGAUUGGAAAAAAAAAAACUGGGUCCAUAAUUUUCAACUGAAGAAAAAGAUAUUUCUUUCAGAAUAUAUGACUGUGUUCUCAUCUUGAUGUGUGGUGCACGCUUAUAGUUUCCCUGUUGCUUCCAUUCUGAUGACUGGAAAAAGACAUUUCCCUCAACUUUUGAUGGGGUAUCAGGUGAGGAGCAGCUCCUGUGCUUUGGUUCUAUUACAUUUCCGGUACAAUGCAUCAUUUUGCUGGGACAUCCACCCUCCGUUGUUCCCAGACAGAAAACUGCUCCAGCAGCUAUUGCCAGUGGUCGCUUCAGAUUUCAAAAUACUGUAUUUUUCCCGCCUCUGGAAACAUCAGAAACAUACAGCCAUCUCUCAUCCAGGCAACUCUGUCUUUCGAGGCAGUAUAAAUAUGUACAUUCUUUUGGUGAUAAUAUGAACAAGCUAGGUGUCUUCAGGGAUGGAUGGGUCAGCUGGGGUCAACACGGGUGCCAAAUUUCAAGGAAAAAACUGAAAUACAAAAUACAGGUAUUAUUUGUGGGGGGGGGCACUGAUUGCAUGAUUUUCUGAGGCGCCAGUGGCUACUCUACAGCCGCAACUGCACAAAUCAUCCAGAAACUCUGCUGAUUGGGAACUCGGCCCUAUCAGGGCGCUGACAUUUUGAGAAGGCUGUUUAUAAUAUUAUGGCCUCUUACCCUUGGCUUUUUGUAAAUGUGCGUGUCAGCUUUUGGUGUGCAUUUAAUAAGCUUUUACAUAACAGGAGGUUCUGUUUGAUUGGUGUCCUCCCAAUUUUGUAAAAGACUUGCUCUCUGUCUCGGGGUGUUUGUAAGCAAAUUGUGUCUGCCUGUCACAUGGACGGAUCCGUCUGGUUUUGAGAAAAGUCAUUCACUGGCCACUUUGACACCAAGCAGCUCCAAUUAUGGGGUUGACAGCUUUGAUAAUCUUGUUCGUGGCUGGUACGUGUGUGUGUGCGUGUAUGAAUUUGCCAUUUGAUAUGUAGUGGGAAUAAAGUUUGCUUCUGGCUGAGUGAA